CCUGGCAACCCCGUAAGCAGUAUCUCGGUUGAGUAGAAAAAGAGGUCCGCUUGCUUACAGAAAAGCGACCGUGGAGGCAGACCGACUCAAGCCGAGUUCAGACUUGGUUUCCAGCACUUCAAAGCGGUAUGCAAAGAAGCCUUUUCAUCCAGAUGUUCUUAGCGGUAAUAUGGAUCAGUCAGGAGUUCUCCUCUGGGUAAAAGCAGAACCCUUUAUAGUGGGUGCCUUGCAGGUCCCUCCUCCAUCCAAGUUCAGUCUUCAUUAUCUCAGGAAGAUAGCCACCUAUGUGCGAAUCCGGGCCACAGAGGGAGCUUACCCACGGCUCUACUGGUCUACAUGGAGGCACAUUGCAUGUGGGAAACUGCAGUUGGCUAAGGAUCUGGCAUGGCUUUACUUUGAAGUAUUUGAUAGUCUUUCGGUGAGGACACCUGAGAAACGCCUGGAAUGGUCUGAGAUUCUCUCCAACUGCAUGUCUGAAGAUGAAGUUGAAAAGCAGAGAAAUCAGCUUUCAGUGGACACUCUACAGUUUCUGCUGUUUUUAUACAUACAACAGUUAAAUAAGGUUUCCCUGAGGACAUCUUUGAUUGGAGAAGAGUGGCCUAGUCCCAGAAGCAGAUCUCAGUCUCCCGACCUGACAGAAAAAUCCAAUUGUCAUAAUAAGAACUGGAAUGAUUAUAGUCACCAAGCUUUUGUCUCUGAUCAUCUAUCAGAUCUCCUUGAGCUGCUUUUAGAUCCAGAACAACUUACUGCGUCGUUUCAUUCAACUCGUAGUAGUCUCGUCUCUCAAGAAGCUGUUGUGGCACUCAGCUUUCUUUUUGAAGGCUCAGUGAGUACAGCCAGGAAGAUAUAUCCACUUCAUGAACUUGCACUGUGGCAACCACUGCAUGCAGAGAGUGGCUUUUCAAAGAUCUCCAAGACUUUCUCUUUCUACAAGCUGGAAGCCUGGUUGAGAGCUUGCUUAACUGGGAAUCCAUUUGGUACAUCUGCUUGCCUCAAGUCAGGAAAAAAAUUGGCUUGGGCUCACCAAGUUGAAGGUACGACCAAAAGAGCUAAGAUUGCUUGUAAUACUCACAUGGCCCCUAGAAUGCAUCGAAUGGUAGUGAUGAGCCAGGUUUACAAGCAGACAUUGGCCAAGAGCUCAGAUACUCUGGUGGGGUCGCAUGUCAAGAUUCAUCGCUGCAAUGAAUCUUUUAUAUAUCUUCUCUCUCCUUUACGAUCUGUAACAAUUGAGAAGUGCAGGAAUAGCACCUUUGUCUUGGGCCCCAUAGAGACUGCUCUUCAUCUCCACAGUUGUGACAACGUCAAAGUCAUUGCUGUUUGCCAUCGUUUGUCUAUCUCCUCAACAACAGGUUGCAUCUUUCACAUUCUGACCCCUACGCGCCCACUUAUUCUCUCUGGGAACCAGAGAGUAACUUUCGCCCCUUUUCAUACCCACUAUCCAAUGCUAGAGGACCAUAUGGCCAGGACAGGCCUUGCUACGGUGCCUAAUUAUUGGAAUAAUCCAAUGGUUGUAUGCAGAGAGAACAGCGACACAAGUGUGUUCCAGCUCUUACCACCUUCUGAAUUCUAUAUAUUUAUUAUUCCCUUCGAAAUGGAAGGGGACACAACAGAGAUACCUGGGGGUCUUCCAUCUGCUUAUCAGAAAGCACUGAGUCAAAGAGAACAGAAAAUACAGAUCUGGCAAAAAACUGUGAAGGAGGCUCGUUUGACAAAGGAUCAAAGGAAGCAGUUCCAGGUACUUGUGGAGAAUAAGUUUUAUGAGUGGUUGAUUAAUACAGGACAUCGCCAACAGCUGGACAGCCUUGUACCCCCUGCAGCAGGCUCCAAACAAGCAGCAGGAUAAGGUCCUACAUCCAGUCACUGGGCCCUGAAAACAUAAGGAUGAAUGAAGAAUGGUUCCCAUCUUAAUACAAAAUUGGGAUAGCUUCAUUGCUGCUUAAGAGACUUUGAGGAUUUUUUUUUUUUUUUGACCCUUUAUUUAAGACCUUUCCUUGACUUCCAUUCAUACUCAAUUAUUACUAUUUAGGCUGAAUCUUAGCUAAACUUCUGACUUUCAUGUAAGCAUAUUGUUUAUAGAGCAUUAGAAGACUCAUGUUUGUGAUGCCAACAUGUUAAUGAAGGCAGUCCCAUUUUGUGUGUGUGUAUGCAUGCGUGUGUGUGUAUGUGUGUGAAUAUUUAAGUGAUCAUAGAUUUGCAAGUGAUUUCAUUUUGUAAUUUGUAUGAUGAAAGGGUUUGAUCCUUUCUAGAGUUAAGAGAUUUUUUAUAGUUCUUUGUAACUAUUUAAAAGAUGGUUGCUAUUGCUUUUAAAAAAUAAUUGGAAUAAAAGUAUGAUUGGUUGGUGUAUAAAUAAAACAGAAAUAGUUUUAUACAAAGAUAUUUUAGUCCUUAAAGUAUGAAACUUAAUGAAUUUGUGUAAAAAUCUUUAUUUUUUAUUUUCUGCUUCAAAUUUUCAAUAAACAAGCUAAAAAGUAAUUUUCUCCUUUUGUUAAAAAGAUAAAGCUUUGUUUUUGUGUGUGUGGUGCUGGGGAUUGAUACUCAUGGCUUUGUGCUAAGCAAGCACUCUUCUGAGUUAUAUCCCCAGCUCCAAGGCUUUACUUUUGAUUUUAGAAAAGGUUUUCAUUAUCAUUCUGUGACAUAUGGAAGUACGAUUUACUUGGAUAAGCUUUGUUUCUCAAGAAAAAACAAAACAAUUUUCAGUUGAUAAAAUGAAUUAUUCAUAUUUCAUAUGCUUACUGGCAAUUCAAUUAGUAAUUGUAUUUAAAAAGGGCUACUUUUAUUUGUGAUGUGAAAAUUAACCUUCAUAAUGUUGUUAAUUCUAAUUGAAGUUUUCAGAGUUUUUGUUUUAAGAUGAAAUUCAAGCAAGCAGAGCAUUAUCAAAUAAAUAAAUAUUGGAAUAAUAAA